AUGGCCAUCAAAUCCAUGACCUGGACCCUCCUGCUGGUCCUGCUCUCGACCUGCCUGCUGGCCCUCGUGGCCGCCCAGACGCCCGCGCCCGAGACCUCCCCCGUGCCCGAGGCCUCGCCCUCCGAGCCUGCUCCCUCGCCGCCUGCCGAAGGCGGUGGCGAUGGCGGCGACCUGGAAACGAUCCUCACGCCCGCGCUCGACCUCCAAAACGGCUUCAAGCUCACCGACGACGGCACUGGAUUCAUUGCCAGCCACGGCAACUCCAGGUUCACCAUGCGCCUGACCUGUCUGCGUGAGGUGGGCAAGGGCGGCGGUGGCGCCGUGCAGGAGGCCGCCCUGGCCCUCGGCCAGAAGCAGGUCAUCAGGCCUCAGGCGCUGUGGGACCCCGACCUCGACUCCGUCUACUCUGAAUUCAGCCAGAACGUUGGCAUUGCCAAGCCCGAGGGUGCCGUGUUCAACUGGAACAUCAAGUCCUUCAUCGACAAGUACCACAUGGAGGCCGUGCCCGGCUCCAAGCAGUUCAUCGCCCUCCUGCCCGGCAACGUUAAGGCCAACAUCCAGAUCGAGUGGCCCGUCAAGUCCUACCUCAACGGCUUCCAGGUGUGCACCGAGGUCACCUGGGACAUCGCCGACGAGGACUUCUACAUGUUCAUGAACAACAACACCCUGCCCGGCCAGAAGAAGAACCUCACCGCCGAGCCCACCGUCUCCUACACCGUCGCCAAGGACAGCAAGGGACGCACCACUGGGUUCACCCUGAACGGCCCCUACACGUUCGCCUACCUGUGGCCCGGGCGUGGUGGCUUCACCUUCCUCAGCAAGAACCCCUACGCCAAGUCGGGCGAGCCCCACUUCGCCAACCUCAACGUGACCCUCAACAAGGCCAAGUGGACCCAGAAGGGCAGCGUCGAGGUGGUGGUCACCAGCGACCGCGCGGCCGAGAAGAUCAUGCUCGACCCGCUCAUGGACAUCGAGGGCGGCUGGGCCUCGGGCCUCCUGCCCAACCUGGCCCUCCUCCUGGCCGUUCUCUUCUCCUACGCCUCGCUCUCCCACCUGCUCUAA